AUGAGUGUGUGGCUGCUGCUUCAUCUUCUUCCUCCUCUGUUCUUCGUAGUUUUCUUCAAAUUGGUAUGGAAUCCACUGCGUAUCCAACGCCACUUCCGUCAACAAGGCAUCAGAGGUCCCAGCUACCAUCCGAUCUUCGGGAACUCCAUCCAGAUCCGACGGCGGAUGAUCGUCGAGGCAGAAUCAUCAUGCCUAAAUUCUUUCAACCAUGACGGAGUUGUUCAGAGGGUGAUGCCACACUUUCACAAUUGGUCAAAGGUUUAUGGAGAUCUAUUUCUGUAUUGGUUCGGAUCAACACCCCGGCUGGCCGUAUCCGACCCGGAUCUCAUCAAGGAGAUACUAGUGAAUAACAGCGGGUCGUUUGGGAAGAUCCAAGCCACCCCCGAUACAAGGGUUUUCUUUGGAGGACUUAUGGGGAUGGAGGGGGAGAAGUGGAUUGUUCAUAGGAGGAUCACCACCCACGCCUUUAACUUGGAGAGAAUCAAGGAAUGGAUACCCGAAAUGGUGGAUAGUACUCGAAAUAUGAUGAGCAAAUGGGAUGCUAAAAUUGGAGCAAACGGUUCGGAAUUCGAAUUCGACGUGCACAAGGAAUUUCACGACCUCGCGGCCGACAUAAUAUCACGCACGGCGUUCGGAAGCAGUUUCGAGGAGGGCAAGCGGAUCUUCGAGUUGCAACAACGACAAGUUAUGCUCGUUCUGCAAGGCUUGCGGAAUGUCUACAUUCCGGGAUUCAACUAUGUACCGACGAAAAUGAACAGGCUACGAUGGAAGCUCGAGAAAGAAACAACAGAAUUGAUUCGGAAACUGAUCGAGAAAAACAAACACAGGAAACAGAAUUCGCAAACUCUGCCCGCGUUAUUGAUGUCACCGUACAAGAAAGACGACGUUAUUCCUCUCGACGACAUCUUGAGUGAAUGCAAGACGUUUUACUUUAUCGGAAAGGAAGCACCCGCCCAUUUCUUGACUUGGACAUUUCUCCUUUUGGGAAGGCAUCAAGAAUGGCAAAACAAGGCUCGCGAAGAAGUUGUCCGCGUUUGUGGAGCCAACGCGUUUCCUAGUGUCGAGAAUUUGGCAGAAUUAAAGAUCGUUAGAAUGAUAUUGAACGAAACGCUAAGACUCUAUCCUCCGGCAGGUCUGAUGAUGAGACGUGUCACGGAAAAUGUGAAACUCGGGGGUAGGCUCGAUAUCCCGGCUGGUACGGAACUUUUUCUGGCCAUGACUGCAGUUCAUCACGAUGUAGGAACAUGGGGUGAAGAUGCGAACGAGUUCAAUCCUAUGAGAUUUGCGGAGCCUAGGAACCACUUAGCAUCGUUCUUCCCGUUUGGGUUGGGCGCUAGGGUUUGUGUUGGCCAAAACCUAACGAUGGUUGAGGCGAAAACCGUUUUGGCUAUGAUCGUUCGACAAUACUCGUUCACGAUAUCGCCUUCGUACGUUCAUGCUCCGAUGCUAUCACUUACUUUGCAACCCCAAUACGGUGCUCAAAUAACAUUUAGCAAGAGGAGUUGAAUACUCGUGAAACAGUGUUAAUAUUUGCAUUUUUGUGGUUGUUUUACAUGUUUGUAGAGUGUGAUUAUAACACUCAGUUGCAACUCCCAACUUCUUGCUUUCCGUUUUAAGGAAAAAAAAGGAGAUCAUGUUUGUACCU